GUGUCCACGAUAAGACUGGCAAGAGAGGCUUGGGGAUCGAUCUAGGGUUUGAGCGCCGCCACCGCCGCCCGCCUCUCUCUUGGAAACAACCUCUGUCUCCUCAUCGUCCACUUGUUCCACGCUGACGAUGGGAGAUGGAAACUCUCCCCCAGCUGCCUCCCGCUCCACCUCCAGUGAAGAAGAUUACGGAUCAUGGACAUGGAAGCAGAAGUUUGAGGAUCUCAUUACCUGCGAUCCCAGCCGUAAUAUCAUGCCAAAGCAUCCUGAAUCUGCUUCCUAUUUCAAGGAAAAGCUUGAGGAAUUAUUCGGAAAGUACCUACGUACGGUAUCCCCUAAACUGCACCCUGUAUUUCAGAAGGAUAGCGUCACAAAGUUCUUUCACGUGUCCAAUGUCUGGUCGCACUUCAUGGGUCUCCGAGAGUUCCUGUACCCGGAGAUUCUCAGUACCAUUGCCUCCUACAACGCCCUGCGAUGUGCUAGGAUGGCACUGAAGGGCGGCGCUCCAUUUCGCGGCCGCCGUGCAGACCCCAACGGCCGCCACCGCUACGGCUUCACGCCCCUCCACGUGGCCGCCGAGAACUUCAGCGUGGACAUGGUCAAGCUCCUCUUCCGGCACGGCGCAUCGGCAAACAUCCGCACCAAGGGUGAGAACGUCGUGGAGGGCCUCCUGCCUCUUCAUGUCGCCGUUGAGAAUGCCAGCAUGCACAAGUACCUGGAGGACCAUUGGGCUGAAGGGGACCAUAUUGUCAACCUUAUCUUCCUCCUCUGUCUGCCUGAGAUGAAGAUGUUCUUGGACACUACUAGAUUAAUUGCCAAACAAACAGACGGCCUUGUCGAUGAGGUAUGGAAUUACAUUCGUACGGAGAAGAUUGUUGAGGCUGCAAUUUUGCUGCUGGCAGCUCAGAAGCAGCUCCGUGGCUGCCUUAACAAGAGCUCCAGCCAGGUCUCUCUGAAUGGGUUUGAUAUUGUUAAAAGCAACAUUGAUGAAGCUCUCGACACCCUACAUCUUGAGGUGUUAGCUAUGGUUCAGGAAGGAAAAAAUGGCAAGGUGCUUAAGAAGCUGAAAGACAAGAAGGAAGCCAUUCUUACAGCACGUGCUCUAGUCGGUACUGUCCAUAAAACUCGUGAAGCUGCUGCCCUUCUUACAGAACGUGAGGUUUCUUUGAAUGGUUUUGAUAUUGUUAAAAGCCGCAUUGAUGAAGCUCUUGACUCCCUACAUCAUGAGGGGUUAGCUAUGGUUAAAGAGGGGAAAAAUGGCAAGGCACUUCAGAUGCUGCAAAACAAGAAGGAAGCCCUUCUGACAGCACAUGCACUAGUUGGUAUUAUUCAGAAAGCUGGUGAAGCUCUUGAGGGGUACAUUCGGACCUACCCAGAGGUGUCCCAUAAGGAGAUUGUUGAGCAUGUUUCAUCGAUUCUAACAAGUAGUGGCAUCGUUUGUUCUGGAAAAGGCAUUGACACUGGAAAUCUAGAAUGCUACCAAUAUGGGGCAAUGCCGAUUGAUAGGUCAAGGUCAGAGAGCGUAGGGGACUGUGAGAAAACUAAUGAAGCUGACAAGUCAUCUUCUCUGGAAGACGAAGUAAGGAUUCUGAUAAAGCAUCCGCCGAAAGGAUUGGCCAUAAAAGAAGUGAGAAAUAUGUUCUUCCCAUACUGGAAAGCGGUGCUGUCUCGUGGGUCACUGUCGCGUGGGUCCAUGGUGAAGAUAAUUCCAGCCUGUCAACCAAGCAGGAAAGAUUUGCUAAGUGCUGAAGCAAGCAAGAAGGGGACAAAGAAAUCGAUGGGAAAUCUUGGCUCGAUGGUACGGCCCCAAUCAGCUAGCAACUAUGAAUCCAGAAGGAUGCUUUGUGCUGUUGCUUCCAUGUCCAUGAAGGUGUUGUUUAAGCGCACUUGAGAAAUAUGUGGCGGUACGCUGGUUGAAGUCUGAGAAAUAGAGGUGAAACGUUGAGCUGACAUGAGAAUGAUCAUAUCGUGCUGUGCUAGAAGCGAAGCUAUGUUAAUGUUUUUUUUUUGUUCUGACUUUUUAAUUUUGAACCUUGUCGGCUGUGUUCUUAGAAUGCAAGAUCUAAUCGAAUAUUAUAUAUAUGUAUUGUAUGUACCGGGCUACUGAGGACAUGGUAAAUUCUCUUGCUGACUUAAUUAGAUGAAUAUAUUUUUCUGCCUUUUGGUCCGUA